CAUCUCAAUACUAGCUACACCUAUCACAAUCUUCUCACUCUCACGCAAGUCCCUCACAACCAAAACCCAAAAAAUAAAAGAAUACCCAAAAAAAACAACAAUGUCCAAACCAACCGCAGCGACAUCCGACACGGCCUUCCGCAAAACCUGGGACCGAGAAGAAUACGCCAAAAAAGCCGCAGACGAAGAAAGCAAACGCAAAGAAGAAUCCAAAGCGCGCUAUGAAGCCAAACUACUCGGGAAAAAAUGGCACGCGCCGGUCGACUAUAGCUCGUUGGAGGCCACGACAUCUCGAAAACAGCGACUAGAUGUGGCGUCGAUGGUGGGCAAGACGACGAUUGUGUCGGCUGGGUCGGCGGUGGGCAAGAGAGGCCGGGGAGCCGGUUUCUACUGUGGGGACUGUGAUCUUACUUUCAAGGAUAACUUGCAGCUUGUGGAGCAUUUGAAUAGUAAGCAGCAUUUGAUUGCGACGGGGCAGAGCGGCGAAGUGACCAGGGCUACUGUUGAGGAUGUGCGGCAGCGGUUACGGUUGCUUGCGCAUCAGAAACGGGUGCGAGAGGAGGAGGAAAGGAGGGCUUGGCAGCUUGAUCUCGGGGCUAGGCUUCAGGAGAGGGAGGAGCAGGAGGCUAAGGAACGAGAGGAGAAGAGGAGGAAGAGGAAUGAGAAGCGGCGGAAGGGUGGAGAUGGAAUCAAGCAGGAAGAAGACAGCUGGGAGGGCCGGUUGGGAAUUAUCGCAUGAAUGCAUUCUGUUGGUUCGUUUUGGGAUGAGCUGGCUUGUAUAUGGAUGGGUGCUUUAUGGUCGACAAAAGUUGCAGUAUACCCUCGGCGUUUUGGUUUUUAUUUGGGCAUGUUAUGGUCCUUCGGUUGAAUAACAAAUCAAAGAAAAA